UGUGUCCCAUCAUUGGUGUCAGUGGGAGGAAUAGUGCCCCACCAUUGGUUGUCAGUGGGAGGAAUAGUGCCCCAUCAUUGGUGUCAGUGGGAAGAAACGUGCCCCAUCAUUGGUGUCAGUGGGAAGAAACGUGCCCCAUCAUUGGUGUCAGUGGGAAGAAACGUGCCCCAUCAUUGGUGUCAGUGGGAAGAAACGUGCCCCAUCAUUGGUGUCAGUGGGAGGAAUAGUGCCCCAUCAUUGGUGUCAGUGGGAGGAGGAAUAGUGCCCCAUCAUUGAUGUCAGUGGGAGGAAUAGUGCCCCAUCAUUGGUGUCAGUGGGAGGAAUAUGCCCCAUCAUUGGUGUCAGUGGGAGGAAUAGUGUCCCAUCAUUGGUGUCGGUGGGAAGAAUAGUUCCCCAUCUUUGGUGUCAGUGGGAGGAAUAG